UUUGCGCGUUCCGGACACGCUGAGAGAGGAGACACUAUGUUGGAGGUGAAGAUUGAGGACUGUCUGGUACGUGGAGACUCGUCUGAUCUGGUUUCUGUACUUCACCAUGAAGGACUGUCCAGCAUCACGCUCACCAGGCUGAACCAGCUGGUUACCAAGGACCUACAUGGACGUGGUUUCAGCAGAGUUCUGGUUGUGUUGAAAUCUUUAGAGAUCCUGUCAGAGAACAGAGACGACCUGGAGACGCUCGUCAAGAACGGACUGACGGCUAAAGUGUUGUUGUGGUUCCAAGCUGUCCACGACCUGCUGACCUCUGACCUCCAGAAGAACCCCGCCCCCCUGCUGACUCUCACUGAGGAGUUCUAUGACUACUUCCUGCUGCUGGGUCAAGCUUCUCUUCCAGUCGGUCAGCUGUCUGUGGUUCUUCUUCAGUUGGCUCGGUUUGCGUUGGAACCAGAAAUCCACUUUCCACUGAGACUGGAGGCCAUCAGAACCUUUAACAGCAUCCUGGAGUCCCUGAGCAGAGAGCAGAGGAGGCUGAUCCAGAAUGACCAAAACCAGACCCAAAUACUAUCCCAGAUGGCAGCAGCAAUUCUGACAGUUGGAGACUACGAGCUGCAGGUCAGCCUAUCAGAGGCUCUGUGUCGUCUUACUCCCAGGAAGGACCGAGAGCAGAGAGCCAAUCAGUGGUUCUCCAGCCGUGAUGUCAGCAGUGCCUUCUGUGACAUCAGAGAUGGAGACUUUGAGGUGGACUGUCGCCGAUUCCUGAACUUUUUAAACUGUUACCAUGGAGACCAGAGGAGGGUCUACACCUUCCCCUGCCUCAGAGCUUUCCUUGACUCCACUGAGCUGUUUCCUCCGAAAGACGACAAAGUGGAACAGUUCUGGAUAGAUUUCAACCUGAGCUCAGGAUGUGUGAGCUUCUUCAUCGACGAGCCUCAGGGUUUUCUGUGGGGGUCCGUCCACCUGCACAAAGAGGAAAUGGAUCAUUACAGUCUUCAGGUGAAACCUGAUGGAUGCACCGGGGCAGAGACGGUCCUAAGUGUCCGACUGAACAAUCCCAUCAUGCACCACAACAGCAGAGGUCAAACGGUGGUGCUGAACUUCGACUCUGAACACCACAGAGAGCUGGAGGAGGCUGCUGGGAGAGUGUUCAUGAAAGUAAAGAGCUCCCCUAGUGUCAUCCACACAGGUGGUACAAUCCAGGCCCCCCCCUCUGCCAGACAGAGCAGUAGAUCCUACAGCAGGAAGAAACCACAGAGCAAGAGUCAGCUGAAGAUCUUGCCUCUGUCGUCUCCGAGCAGUGAAGAAGACGCGUCCGUCUUGAAGACUUCAGGGAGAAACACUGCAGAGUUCCUGUUUGAUCAGAUCAGACACUCGACUCCCGCGUAUGACUCAGGUGUUCCUGUGGGGGCGGAGCUUGAGAUCUCACAGGAGCAGACGGAGGAUCUCGGAGAAAGCAGCUCUCCAUUAAUACAGGAGGUCGUCAGUUCUGACAGGAAGAGAGCAGCUCCAGACUCAGGCUACCUGUCAGACCAAACUGAGGGUUUUUCAGCCCAGAAGAGGAGGGCAGAGCCUCUGCCAGAGGGGGAGGGGUCUAACUCACCUCUGGAAGAGGGGCCACCUGAGGGGGUGGGGCCACCUGAGCAGGAGGCUGGGCUGUUUAAUGGUGGAGCGGAGUCAGAUGUGGAGAAGAAGGAGCCAAUCAUAGAGUCAGGGAUGGAGCCAGAGUCAGACUUAACAUCUGGCAUCACAGCUGCCUUCAACUCUUUCAAAAUACAACUAGAACAACACUUCACUGGCUGCUGGCGGAACGUUGAAACUGAAGUUCUUCUGUCUUUAAAAGAGUGUCAACAACACGUCUCCUCGCUGCUGAAUGCUGUCCAUCAACACAGGUUAGCGUUGCUGCAGAGGUUUGAGAACAGCGUCACUGAUCAGCUGAACCAACUGCAAGGAAACACAACCAGCCUGAACUCCAUGAACACACAGAUCCUGAGUUUUUUUCAGUCUGAGAUGCAGCGACUGGGCACGUUCUGUGACGAACACCAGCAGAGGUUGAAGUCAUGGGAAAGUCGAGAGUUGGGGAUAGAACAUCGGACCAGUAAAUGAUGAAGGAGAAGAAAGAAGAAACUGAAGCACGUUCGAAUGUUUCAGAGCAGAUUUGUGAUGCAGUCGCCACAGAAAACAGUCAUCACGUUCAGACGAAGACUGGACGGCUGUCAACAUGUCAGCAUGAUAGGAUCCCCGUCAUACUUCAUUCGAAUUUGAGUAUUUUUU